AUUUACAGAAACUAAGGACCUAGGAGGGGAAGAGAUCAAACGAGUGUAUUGUCCCUUCAACGGACGCUUCAACUUCAUCUACAACGUAAACGACGGAUCAGAGAGCACAACGGAGUGUCCGGACCCAGUGUCUGAGUUGGACAGCUGUCCGUCCGGCUCGGCCCUCAACUUGCGCUUCCGACGCUGUUCUUUCGCGAAUAACGACGUGACGUUCCAGUGCCUAGGGCAGUGGGCCGGCCCUGGGGAUCAACACUAUCUCGCAAUGCGGGACACCCGGCCGGGGCUGAGCCGAUUUCCACCCUACCGAUGUGCGUUGUACAGGGAAGAGUCAGGGACUGGUAAUGUCUUUAUGGCCUUCUCCAGUGAUUCAACAUGCAGUUCAAAUCUUCGGAGUGCCACAGCAGGGUAUGAGACACUUAGCCUGAGUGUAAUGCCUGCACCACGUUGGCCUUCACAGGUGGAUAGCAGCAACUGUAGGUUUCCUCAGUGGGCUCAUGGCUACUGGCAGCACAUGUAUAUCGAAGGCAACGCACUCACAUACAAAGAUCACACUACUUUCAAGACCUUUACUAUCCGAUGCUUAGGCCCUGAUUUGGGAGUGAGUGAACGUUUCCCUGUGUUCGCACGCACUCAGUGUGGAGAAGAAAUGUAUACAUGUAUCUGGCUGAAGAGACGUGGUGUUAAUGUUUUGGAAUUUCAAUUAGGUUUGCAGUCAAGUACUUAUUACAACAGCACAUUAUGUUCAGACACAAAUUUUGAGCCAAAGAUAUGGAUUACACAGGGCAGAUUAGAGCGAUUGCAGGAAUCACCAUGUCCAGUGGCUGGAGAAUAUACAGGAGUUAUCCCAGAUGCAACAAAUCUCUGUGCAAAGCUGUCUUCUGACUGCAAGUCUCCAGAGAUAAUGUACUACAUGGUGUCAGAUUGUUCCCAGUCAGAGAUAUAUGAAGGCAUUCGAAGACGAGGAAGGAACCGUCGUCAGACUGGCACCAGGAUCUACCGCAUCAGUAAUCCCCAUACAUCCACCACUCCUUUGCCUACAUUUACUCACUUUCCUUUUAGUCAGUCAAAUAAUGAGACAAAUUUGAAAAAAGGUGACAAAAUUCAGCAGGACCAGUCAAAUUCUGAGGCCGGAAAAUCUAGCAGACUUUCUGGACCCCAACAAGAUCAUGAUCCUGGACAUAAACGGUCACAUUAUUCAUACUAUAAAGGUCCUAGUUCUCGGUAUCCUACUUCAUAUCACAUUGGUAGCAGUUCAACCACCUUGAGCCCAUUAGAUUCACAACACGAAUACUUGGAGGAAGAAUAUGAUCCAUGGACUUUUUCAAAAACGCAUGGACAUCAGGCAGACAGCCAUAAAGUUACACAACAUCAUGGAACAGAAUACAGUUCCCACCUAUCAGAAAACAACAGAAAUCCUGCAUGGGCUUCAGCCUCUUACUAUGGAACAAGUAGUAAUUCUAAAUCAGAAUCAGGUGGAAAGCAGCAAGACCAGACUUAUGGCCCGAGAUCUCAAUGGAACAGACAGAGUACUUCAAUGGGAUCCACCCCAGGGGUUGGGAUGGUAAGCAACACAUACAGUGGUGACAGAAUAUUUAGAAACAAUAAUCCACAAGGAAGUCCAAGUACUUCCAGCAGCUUCUCUGGGCCUUACAGAGAUACAAGUUUUUCUCAUAAUAAAAGUUCACAGAAUAAUCAAAGGACAGUUAACAGCUAUUCUGGCCCACAUGCAAACACAAGAAUUGCAUAUGGUGAUAGUUCACAUGGAACCCAAAGAAUAGGAGGCAGUCAUUAUGGAUCAGACAGUGGCUCUGGCUUUCAUUAUAAUGAAAAUUUACCAGUUAGUCAUAGCAUUGUUGGUAACUAUCCUGGUUCAGGUGAAGACUGGGGCUCCUCUUAUAAUGAAAAUUCACAGGUGACCCAAAGAACUGUGGAAAGAUAUUCUGGAUCAAAUAAGAAUCUUGGAUUAUCUCACAGUGAGGACAGAUCUCUUAAGAGCUAUUCAAGAUCAAAUAUUAACCAGGACUUCUCCCAACAUGAUCACGUAUCUCCAAGUAGUUAUUCAGCGUCAAAUAAUAACCAGGGAUUCCCUUACAAUGAACAGAGACCUCCGGAUGGCUAUUUAGUUACAAAUAGGAACCAGGGCUUCCCUCACAAUGAACACAGACCUCCAAGUGGCUAUUCAGAAUCAAACAGGGAUCAUACUUUCUCUCACAAUGAACACAGAUCUCCCAGUGCUUAUUCAGGUCCAAGUAGGGGCCAGAGUUUUGACCAGAAUGAAAAUUCACAUAGAAAUGGUGGAUCCUAUGCAGAUUAUUCAGUUUCACAGGUCUCUUCAAGCUCUGAGCCAGUAGGAUCUCACAGGAACCAUGGGCUAUCAGUUGAAAGAGGCGCUAGUUCUGAAAAUCAUGGUACCUAUAGAACUGUGAUUCAGAAUGCAGGAAAACAUGUGUUUCGUACAGAAGACCACAAUCAUGACAUGGGUUUUCCAAAUACAGGACUGGAUCAGAAAGCAUAUCCAAGAAGAGUCACAGAAGUGAGAGAUCAGGAGAGGAAUGUUAAUGGGCAACAGCAUGCUAUUACUCAUGACAUAAGUUCCACAGUCCACUGGGAAGAAAGAUUAUUGUCACAAAAUCAUUGGAACAACAAUGUCAGUACCCAGCCUUUCAAAGCCACUGAAAGCCGGCAUCAUGGAUUGGAAGGAUCUCACUCUAUUCUGAAACCUGAUCCUGUCCAGUUCCUGCCCAUUCCAGUCCAGAGACCCAGACAUGGUGACAGACCAAGCACUGUUCCAAGAACAGCCACCCUCUCCAAACGAGAAGAACGGGAGUAUCGAUGUCUUGGGCAGUGGGAGGAAGAUGGACUUAUGUACACAUACACACACCGUCGUGAUGUUGGCACAUAUGAGUGCUUUGUGGGCUCAAUUAUAUCUAACAAUGAGAUAUACAUCAAAGAAGCAGGGGACCACUGUCAGAGGAACAUAGACCCAAUGCACUAUGGCAUGAAGCUCACAAGGAAAGGGACAUGUUUUGGAAAUCAACCAAAUGCUGGUGCAGGGGCCUUUCCUCAGCCACAUCCAACCACCCCAUGGAUGUCCAGCAGGCGUCCUCCUGAACCCACAAAGCCAUGGAAGCCAAUCACAGCACCUCCAAGGGAAGCCAGUGGUGCAGAUGGCCACCAAAAUUCAGCAAGUAUUCCACUUCUGUCUAUGAUGAUUGUUAUUUUUGUAUAUUUCUGCCAACACUGAAGUAACAUAAUUGAACUGUCCAAUCAGUAUUCUGUGAACCGUACAUGAAGUUAUAAUGGAUCGGCAGAGUGAUGAAAAAACUAUUGGACAGUACCAGGCACUUGUCUCGAGACAUGCAAUAGCACCAGCUGUGAAUGUGAUGUCUCAUUUGGAGUAUCAAUAACACUCAGCAUAUUUUCUGUGGCCUCUCCAGUAAGUGAUUGCCCACCAUUCCACUUAACAUGAAAGUUGUCGUGGACAUGUUUCAGAUUAUUGGACCAACUUUUGUGUUACAAUAAGUUCUUGGUGUUAAUAAGAACAUCUCUCAGAUCUCACCUUGUCUCGUAAUUAUCAGAAAAGUUUCUUUGUGUUGUGUGCUUGUAGUGAUCAGAAGAUGAGUGAUAUGUGCCCAAAAUUUAGCACUUGACAGCUGUUUUGCAUGCAUAUUUUACAGGGCCUUCAUUUACUGUGACAGGCAGGACUCAUGAUAUUUUUAAUCCAGAUGACAUAUACUCCUGUUUUUAACUGUUGACAUGUGUGUUUGUAUUUAGUAGUGGCAUGGUGAUGUGCAUUUAUGAGAUAGAAGACUCGAAAUGGCAGUAGUGGUUUAUGUUGACCUGGCAGUAUGAAAUGGAAAAUUUUAUUUAUUUAUUUCUUCUCAUAAUACAGAAGCAUAUGUGAAAGGGACAAAGUGAAGUGUGAAUUUAGUUUGUAGAUUGAGAAACUAUGUUCUUACCACAGCAUCAUGCGCACAGAAAGAACAAAGUUUUGUAGUAGAGGGUCACUGAAUGUAAUGUGUUAAGUUAUAAAUUUGUGCCUUACAUUUAGAGUGGCAUCUUGCAGGUCAGGAAGCAGUGGAUAAAUCAAACAUAGAGUGAUUAACCUCCUUGACAGGAAAUAUUUUGUGAACCACAUCAAAAAUCUGAAAUCUUAAUGUCUACACAACAUGAGCUAUGAAGUGGGAGCUUGUGAAUCUUAAUCGUCAACUCUCCAUUGUCAGUUUAACUUCUACUAUGUUCAGAAUGUUAAUAUUUACUGACAAAUAAUUUUUACAACAGUGUAUAUAUAUUUAACUUUCAAGCAGCAGUUUUUAACUCUUGUUGAAAUAAUUUUUAUUUUUAACUUACAAUAACAUUUUAAGAAGUUUCAACAAGUUUUGUACAAGAGAAGUUUAUCAUGUUCAUAAUGUCUGGUUUUCCAGAGUGAUGCUUCCAGUUACACUUUCUGUUCUAGUUACAUGGAAACAUGUUUCCUAAAAGUGGAAACAAUAAAUUUCAGCAGAUAAAAUGUAUAAAUACAGGAGAAUAAAUACAAACAGCUUCCCAUGUAGGGUCUCCUAUUUGAUGACACACAUCAUUGUCAGUUUCAGUUUACAGGGCAGUAGUAACUUAGAACAGAAAUAUUUGUUUAUUUUUGCAAUUCUAAUUGCCUAAAAAUUAUGUUUAUACUUACUGAAACAAAGAUAAGUAAACAUUUCUUUUUAAUUAUGUUGGAAUUUUAUAUGUUUAUAACCAAAUCUGUGAAGAAUAUUCUUUAUGAAAUAUUAAAGACCCUGUAUUUUUCAGAGAUUCAGAAUUUAAUGGUCCCUCUUGCAUCUGUUUACAAAUUAUUUGAAGGGGACAUGUGUUAACUUUCUGAUGUAACAUUCAGAACACUAGUUUACAAAGGCCCAGUGAAAAUCCCUUUCAUGCUAUACAGAGGAUAUUCCUUUCUAUAAUAAUAAUAAUAAUAAUAAUAAUCCUCUUUGUUUGGUAAGUGGUUGGUUUUCCUAUAUUGUUAUAGGUUAUUCCCUACUUAUGAUGUUAAGACACUGAUACAUCAUAUUUACCUCUAAUAUCAUACUCCAGACAAAAUAUUUUUACAUGCAUUAUUCACGAUUUUUCAGAACUCUGAGUCUACUGCCUUGUGCAAAUUUUUGACUGAUGUGGAGUUGUACAAUAUGACUUGUCUGCACUCAGUAACAGAACCUAAAAAUAUUUAAUAUACAAUUUAUAAUAAUCACUGAUUCUUAAACUAUUAAUUCAUAGAAUUAGAAUGGCACAUAUUUUUUUCGAAGGUCCUGCAUCAGUUUAUAACUUUUAAGCAUGUGGGAAAUCCAUAUUUGUUUUGUAAUAUGAUUUUCAGGAAUGAAUUGGAGUCGUAAGUUGGGUAGAGCCUGAAUAUGGUUACACUGACUCUGGAAAUACUUAAAUGCAUUGAAGAUACAUGCCAAGCUCUGAAUCUGGGUAUUAUAAAAAGCAGUUUGAGGCUGAAUUUUUGUCCACAGUUUUAAUUUGGCCUCAACAGUGAAUUAAUUGAUUGAGGAAGUGUGCAUGAGUUAUUGCAUAAUGAACUAAAAACCACAUAUGUAAUUUUAGACAAGUCCCAAAUGAAAGAAGAGCCAUAACUGAUAUUCAUGCUGCAUUGAACUGGUGUGUACUAUUUGUUUACUACAUUGAUAGAAUUUAAAACAUGUAGACAGUAUAAUAGCAAGGUAUUAGACUGGCGAAAACAUAUUCAUUCAUGUCAUGAUGGCAUAGGAAAAAAAGAUUUUGCUUUACCCAUUCGUAUUUUUUGUAAUACUUUCUCCUACAAUAUCAAUUCAUUAUUGAUAAUUUAUUUACAUAAUUCAUUAGUUCCAUUUUGGUGAGUAAAUGUUUUCUUCAUGUACAAAUAAAAUGAGAUUAUUCACCUAUGUUACUUCGGAUUACAUAAAUUUAGUUGGUGUAAUUCAUAUCUCUGUUCCAAUUUAUUUGGCAUCACAACAUAAACUUGAGACUUUUUAAAAUACCACUAAAGAGUGUAAUGCUUUAAUAUUAAUCCUUAAAUCUUUUCAGCUGUGCAAUUAGACUUCAGCUGAAAUUGUAAACCAAGGAUGAAAAUGUUAUUGUUCUGUUCUAGCACAUCUGCUUCCCAGCAUUCCAUUGAGAAUUAAUUUCAUGAAGCUGCCAUCAUUUAAUUCUUUUGAAAAAUAAGUAAAGUAUAAAGGUAAAGUUGGCACUGUGCUUAAUUAAGCACCAUGUUGCAAAGGUGAAUUUGGGAGUGUAGGUAUAGCUUCAGCAUACUGAUUGAAAUUCAUGUUUCUUCUCAUAAUUUUACAAUUAAGUUUAUUUCAGUCCAAUGUGACAUAUAAUGCCUUCACCACUUC